CCACAGUUUCCUAACCUACUUCCUUUAAGAAGGUGAAUGCAAGUGGUUUUCUGAUAUUUCAGUCUUGGUCUGCGCUCGUUGGCCCGGGACAGGCUCGGUUGACCUUCCGCUGUCCCUCAGUCGAGUUUGGAGGCACUGGCAGAGAUUCGCAUUCACUCGCAACAGGAAAGACUGGAAGGCUGACGCCCCCUGGCGGUGGAGGGGUGUCAGUGAGUCGGCGGGGGAGCGGGGGCUGUGAUGGCCAUCAUCUGCACUCCUGCCAACCUAUCGGAGGGGACUGGAGUCACGCACGCCCCCUGGAAUGGCAGCGCUUCAACCGUCAGCCACAACCGCAUCAUCUCCACCGUGCUGAUCCUGACCUCGGUGCUGGGGGUCCCACUGAACGGCCUGGCCCUCUGGGUGCUCGGCUGCAAGGUGCGUCGCAGGAACUGCUUCGCGGUGUACGUGCUGAACCUGGUCUCGGCCGACUUCCUCUUCCUCGCCCUGCAGGCCGUGCACAGUGCUUGCGUCUUCUCCAACGUCAACACCUCCAACCCCGCCCUCCUGGUCUUCCGGUGCCUCAUCGUGGCCUGUAACGUUGCCAGCGCCUACCUCCUCACCUGGAUCAGCGUCGAGCGCUUUUUCGGUGUGGCAUUCCCCAUCUGGUGGCGGCUCUCCCACGUCAGGACCUGUGCCACCCAGGCCUCCUGUACCAUUUGGGGCCUCUCGCUGGGCAUGGGAGCCCUGUACGGGGUCAUCCGUGGCACGGCCGUCGCUAGGGAGGGCCUGGUGGCCGCCGAGUUCGCCCUGGCCUUCGUCAUCCCCCUCGUGGUCUUCUCCCUUGCCAACAUCUUCAUCCUUUGCAACCCGGGGCAGCCCUCCAAGAAGACCACCAAGCUCUAUAGGGCCAUCACCCUCAACGCCAUCUUCUUCCUCAUGUGCUGGGCCCCCUACCACAUCUGUGUCUUCCUCUACUACCGGGCCAUCGAGGCCGGGUCCUUCUCCCGCUGCAUCUCGGCCUUCUACGGUGCCUACUACUCCAUCUGCCUCCUACACAUCAAGAGCUGCGUGGUCCCCCUGGUCUACAUCUCCAUCAGCAGCGAGCUGAAGGUUCGCUUCCGCCAGUCUCUCCCCAGCAUCUUCGAGCGACGCUUCAGUGAGGAAUCCGGCCUCUCUUCCCCGCAGCCCCCAGCAGGAGAAAACGGCAGCUGUUUGGCCAGAGACCCCUGAGGGUUGAGGGGGCCAGUUGGCAGGGCAGUGGGGAUGGUGGGGGGGGGGGGGGUUGCGGAGAGAAAUUGUGUGGGGCUUCCGCCAUCGUUCCCUCCCCCACCCUAAAAAACCCAAGCCCCCCGACUCCUCAACCUAUUAGUUAAGACUCCUCAUUUCAGUCAACAUCUGCAGCCCGAUCAGACGAUCGCACGCAACUCAGUUGUUCUCACUGCAGAAGAAGCGGCUCUGAACAUGAUACCCUCCAGCCCCCAACACUUGCCCUCCCUUUUGAGGGUGGGUGGGGUGUAGCUGGGAAAUUCCCGGAGAUGUGUGCCGAGGGGUAAACCGUUUUUCUCCUCAGUCUAAGUUUUGAGUCACACGCUUCCCCCCCCCCCCGACUAUUUCUCUCGAAGAGGUGCUCACUUGUCAACGUAGACAUCUGCUGUUGUAUCUCAAAUGCUUCCUGAACCGUUCAUCCCCGCUCCAUCAGGGAGACGCCCAUUUCUGCCACCUCCCACCCCCCCUCACCGGUAGUCUAUUUUCACCUCACCGUGGGCUACGAGAUUCGAGGGCACCAUUCGAACAUCUCGCCAAAUUAACAGAAGAUCUAGCGCCCCGAAUAAAAACAUUUCAGAAACAA